AUGAUGGCAUACACCACCGACGCAGCCCGAUGGCGCGCACUCACAAUUCGAGAUGCACAAGCCAAUGGCCACUUCGUCUACUCUGUCAGAUCAACCAACAUCUACUGCCGCCCUACAUGUCCCGCCCGCCUGGCCCGGCGCGCAAACGUCGGCUUCUACAAGACGUACUUGGAAGCAGAAUCAGAUGGCUUCCGAGCCUGCAAGAGGUGCAAGCCCAACACAGUUCUCGAGGACCCACAGGAAGUAGCCGUUGCGAAAGCAUGCGUGCUCAUUGAUGAAGCAGUCAAGGACGAAGACCCAAAGGCUUUGAGGCUGCAGGAUCUCGCAAAGAAAGUUGGGCUUACGCCGAGGUACUUUCAUAAGAUUUUCAAGGAUAAGAUGGGUGUGACGCCGAAGGAGUGGGUUAAGGCGAGAAUGACGCCGCAGAGUAGUUCGACUACGACUCCAGCUAUGACUGCGAGCCCAGCAGGUGUGGUGGAUUAUGAGGCCGCCGAGUGGGACUUGUUCGACUUCAACAAUUUCAGCGAGCUCGUCGACUUUGACACCGACGCAGGUGCAACGAUAGGAUAUAAUCUGGUGACUGGCGCGUCCGAGCCGGUCUCAAUGGGUCAUGGCAACGCAAUCGACACGACUAUCAUGUAUGAGCUGUGGACUUCGGGUUAUGAGCCGGCUGCAGGAAACUUCUUGGGAAACGACGACUUUGCCAACGCUCUCCAAGAUGCAUCAGCGCCUUCGUCAAUGUGGCCCACGAUAGAGAAAAUGCCGGUCGUGUCAACACUUGACCUGGAUAUAGACGCCUUCUUGCGAUACGAUAGUGUUUUGUUCUGA